AUGGCACCUACCGUUGCAGACGUCGUAAUUGUUGGUGCUGGACCGAUUGGCUGCCUUAUAGCGUACCAGCUUGCGCGGUUUGGAUGUACACCGUACCUCAUGGAGAAGGACGACAAGAAAACGAUGCCAUGCUAUGGGAGGGCAACAACGUUAUGGCCGCGUACAAUCGAAAUUUUCGACCAGCUUGACCUCUUUGAACGCUUGAUGCAAACCGGAGUCGUCACUCGCAACGCUCUGCAUUUUCGCAACGGAGAGCGGAUCCAAGGUGGAUUUAUGUUUGGCAGUCGGAUGGAUAAACUAGGCGAUACGUUCUUCAAAUUUGCACUGCAUCUCCGACAACGUCUAAUAGAAGAACAUUUCACUGAGGCGUUAGAAGAAAAUGGGGUCAAGCUGCACAUGCUUCAACGUUUGCAAGGGUUCGACAUCGACGAAACGGAAUCUAGCCAGUACCCUGUCAUAGUACAAGUCCAGAAUCUCGAUAAUGGCCAGGUAUUCCAAGUAAGAUGCAAGUAUCUGAUUGGCGCAGAUGGCGGAAAAUCGACUGUGCGCUCGUUAGCGGGCAUCCCGUUUCCUGGCGAGCGUACAACCCACCGAUGGAUUCGGAUGGACGCUCGUGUUCAAACCAACAUGCCCAACUCACGAUGUCUCAACAGCAUCGACUCCCCCGGGCAUGGCCAAAUCCUGUGGUGUCCCAUCGACAAUGGCUUGACGCGGAUUGGCUAUGUUUUCUCCCAAGCGCUGCUGGAGAAGUAUGGUGGUGUGGAGAAUGUUACACAAGAAAUCGCCGUUCGAGAAGCGAAAGAGGCAUUGCGUCCCUUCGAGGUCAAGUUCGAGGAAGUCGAAUGGUUUACGAUAUAUGGAAUCGGACAGGCUAUCGCUGAGACAUUUUACCUCAAUGAGAGGAUACUUCUUGCAGGGGAUGCAUGUCAUACUCAUAGCUCUGGCUCUGCACAGGGACUGAAUACGGGUGUGCAAGACGCUGUUAAUCUUUCAUGGAAACUAGCGCUCGUUCUCCACGGUUUUGGCAAAGAAUCACUCCUGAAGACAUACGAUCUAGAACGUCGGCCCAGCGUUCAACAGGUCAUCAAUAACGACAAAGUCAUCAGCACGCUCAUCUCUGGUAAAUAUCCACCACGCUUCCAAGGUCGCCAAGAGCAUCCACAAGACCUUCUCACGGAGUGGUAUACGGAUGUAAACGUCCAAUUGUUCACUUUGGGCCUGGGCAUAUCAUAUUCAACAAACAUACUCAAUUCUUCACAAGGAGAACCUUCAGCUGCCACAAUUCGUCCAGGGGAACGCGGCCCAGAUGUGUUUCUAACUACCAUCGGCACAAAGGACCCCGUCCGUCUACACCAGGUACUCAAGAAUGACGCUAGAUUCAGCAUCGUCAUAUUAGCUGGUAAAUGUACGCACUCUUUGUUGGCGUCGUUCCAAUCCGCUCUUCCGGCAUUCCUAUCACUUUCUCCCCACUGGAAACGGGUCUUCAAAUUCGUUACCAUUGCCGCAUUCUCCGGGAAUGGUGCGACUGACGUUCUGGGCCGUGGGUAUUGGGGGCGUGUUCUGUGGGAUAGCGAUGGCCGCGCGCAUGCUAUUUACGGGGUCGACGAAGAACGUGGAGCGGUGAUUGUGUUCAGGCCUGAUGGUUGGAUCGGCUGUGUAUUGGCAUUGGAUGGGAAAGUGGUGGAUGCGCUGGGCAGUUACUUUGGAGAAUUCCUCGAUCUCUUGGCGUGA